GAAGACGAAAGUGACGUACUUCCUUCAGCCAAGCAGCGGCUGCUUCUGUUGGUGUACUUGGAGAAUAAAAGAGGCGAACUGUAACUUGCGUCUUUGAAGACAGGCAACUUUGACAGCGUGUGAGCUCGGCGAAGUGACUCACUAAAUCUGGUUCACGUAAGAGAAAAAAAGGCGUAACAGUUUCUCAGGUUGAGGUGCGUCUGAAGAUAUGGCCAAGGUACAAGUGUUAAAUGUUGCUGUGUUGGAUAACCCCAGCCCGUUUGGAAACCCGUUUCAGUUCGAAAUAACGUUUGAAUGCAUGGAGGACUUGCCGGAAGACCUGGAAUGGAAGAUCAUUUAUGUGGGUUCAGCUGAGAGUGAGGAGUACGACCAGGUUUUGGACUCUGUUUUAGUGGGCCCUGUACCAGCUGGCAGACACAUGUUUGUGUUUCAGGCUGACGCUCCUAACACAGGGCUGAUUCCAGAAAGCGAUGCUGUAGGAGUGACCGUAGUCCUUAUAACCUGCACCUACCGUGGACAGGAGUUCAUCCGCAUCGGCUAUUAUGUCAACAAUGAAUACACGGACCCUGAACUACGAGAAAACCCACCUCUCAAACCAGAUUACUCUCAGCUCCAGAGGAAUAUUUUGGCCUCGAAUCCUCGUGUCACCCGUUUUCAUAUCAACUGGGAGGGCUUGGCAGACAAGAUGGAAGACAGUGAGAAUGUUGACCCGUCCCCCAACAUCAGUGGCAUGUUCCCUCCAUCCUGUAUACCAGGAAAGAUGCCACAUCUAGGAGUGAUGCCAGAUAACUCCAUGGACUGCAUGUAAGAGGCAUCAAAUUAAUGCAAUGGAUAAGGAGCCCUUCUUAUCUAUACACGCCCACAUUGCAAACACACAUUUAUACAAGGAGGCCAUGGAUGUUUCUGUAUAACAUGUGGACUUUAACAGAAAGCACAGGACACCACAGCAUAGACAUUAUCUUUUUAUAAAGCACUCAAAAAUGGGAUUGGUCUGGAAUUGUUACCACCUUUGGUUCCUCCUCUUUACGCACUUCCUUUCAACACACACACACACAGGUGUGCACAGUCAGAUUUGCCUUAAUUUAUUGUAUUUCUGUAUAAGAUUAUAUUUCAUGCCUGGCUGAAAGAAGUGCAGAUCAUCAGUGCAGGGCCAGGUCGCUUCAACAGCCCUGAAACGUGUGGGACAAACUCAAGAUUCUGAUACCCAUGUUGUUCAUUUUGUCCUUUUCUGCACAGAUCAACUAGUGCUAUGUGAUGGGAAGGAUGUAGCACCUAGCUGCUUAUAGUAGAGCACUUCAUUCUUUGUAAGAUUUGUCUCUUGUGACACCUACUGGGGGGAGGGAAUUGGGUUUAAAUUAUGGGCCGUGUUUAUGAUAUUGUGGCAUCAAGUGGCUUUAUUCGCAUUAACAUGUUUUUCCCCAGGGUUAUCCAGAUUACUCUGUAAACCUGCUUCUGUGAAUAGGCCCCAGUUCACCUACUGUUACAUAAAACGACUAUAUGAGCAAAACAUGUAGGUAAUGAUGAAGGAUGCCAAAUUGCAUUGUGUGUGUGUGUGUGUGUGUGUGGAUGAUUUAGGCUUGCUGUAAAUAAUGUUUUCCCUGUUCUUAUUUUGUCUUCAAAACAAGAAGGCAUGUUUUCAUUUUGUACUUACUAUACAUUCUCAGCUUCAGUAUUUGUAACAACAGUGAUGGGGUUAAUAAAGUUUUUUUUUUUUUUUUUU